UGCUCUUAAAUUGAUGAGAGGACACUUACGGGUAAAAGUUUGAUCAGGCCACACCAAAGCUCGGCCUUUGUUCCCUCUCUGCUUCCGGAUCUCUCUGCCACCAAAACUGUUUGACUUUCGCUGCCGUCAAUGACUGCGGCUGAUAUCCUCCAGUCAGAUCCUUGUUUUUUUCCGGUUUCACAAACUUUACCUCUCUCAGAAGGAGAAUAGGCAGGAGGAUUUAAGACAUUAAAAGAAGCAGCCAUGUGUUGUGCUGGAAAGUGUGCCCGCUUGGUGGGCCUGAUCCUCCUGACCACGGCCUUGAUCUCCAUGGUCUCCAACGUUCUGCUGUUCUUCCCCGAUGGGAAUCAACUGGAGACCGACCAGAUCUCCCUCCAGGUCUGGCUCAUGGGGGGAGCCAUCGGGGGAGGCCUGUUUAUGCUGUGCCCCAGCUUCUCGGCUAUCAGAGCAGGGGGCAAGGGUUGCUGUGGACAAGGUUGCUGCGGCAACCGUUGCCGGAUGCUGAACUCUGUCUUCUCUUCUGCUUUCGGUCUUAUUGGAGCCGUUUACUGCAUCUGCGUGUCUUCAGCUGGCCUGGCUGUUGGACCCAGAUGUCAGAACAUUGAUAAUGAAUGGCUAUACCCUUUUGAGAACUCUGGAGAGAAUAGUGGAAACUACAUCGCCAACCAGACCGCAUGGGAUGUCUGCGUGUUUCCUAAAAACGCUGUCCUGUGGCACAUCGUCCUGUUCUUCAUCCUGCUGUUCAUGGGUCUGCUGCAGGUCGUCCUGUGCGGCAUCCAGGUGAUCAACGGCUGCAUCGGAUGCAUCUGCGGUGACUGCAGAGGCGACGACAAGGAUAGUGAUAGUGGGCUGUGAAGAUGCUAGCCCGGCUACAUCCUGCUGACGCUGAGAUGCUCGUUUUUCUGGGAUUUAAGAGAAAAAAACUAAUCAUUUCUAUGUAUAUCUAUAUUUACCUUUUUUUUUAAAAAAAAAUCUGUUUUGUGUGUAUAAUCUGAAACAAAAAGAGCUGAUUAAACAAAUAGUUUUCUUAUGAUAUCUCCAUCAGUGAAUGACUGUUUAAGUAAAUGUUUUAAAACAAUAAAAACUGUUUCUAUUCAGUUAA